UGGGAAAACAACUGGGAAGAAGUUAUGUUAUAAAGGUUCCACAUUCCAUCGUGUGGUUAAAAACUUUAUGAUUCAGGGUGGGGACUUCAGCGAAGGUAAUGGAAAAGGUGGAGAAUCAAUUUAUGGUGGAUAUUUUAAAGAGAAUGUGGUCUUUUGCAAAAUGAAAAGGUAAGAGAACGAAGCUCAGUAACACAAACUCCAAUUCUGUUCCCUUGCACCCUUCCUAAUAAGUUUAUGGACAGCCUGGGUCAGGUUGUGGCUGGAUUUCUUAUAUUGCUUGAAGACUUGGAAAAUUCUGUAUACUAUUUCAUACGUGCAUCUGUAUCUUUUUUUCUUUUCACAAUGGGCUCUUAGUUCUACAUCAGGAAAAAAAUCUAGUUGUGUUUUUUCCCCCUAAAUCAAACAAUUUCUUUGACUAAAAGUUGGUAUUUCCUACUUUCUCAAAGGUUUGUAUGUUUUCUUUUGUAUACUAGAAUUAUAUGAUUGUAUUUUAUUCCUACAGUAGUAGUAUUUGCAUAAGUCUAACUAUUGCAUUUGCCCCAAAAAGCCUUAGAAAAGUCAGUUGCAGAGAUUGAUAAUGGGAUCCAAUCUGAUUAGAUUUUAAUGCCAUGAUAGCUUCAGCGUUAUAAUAGUCUUUUAUAUUUCUUUUGGGGGAAAAUGGAUUACCACUCUUUUUCAGAAGCCUGUUCCCAAGGUAAUCAUUUUUUAAAGUUUUCUAUGUUUCUGUUUGUUCUAAAGAAAGGUUUGUUUGUAUGAAUGUUAAACGGAAAUUUAAAUUCGUUUUCAAGAUAUUUCUGCUGGAAUUAAAAUCCUCUCUGAGUGAUCUUUAUGGCAGUUUUUCCUUUGAACCAGUAGGAAGCAGCUCAUUAGCUGGUUCUAUCAGCUUGUAGCAAUUUGAGACUGAUGUUGUAGGCCGCUUGAAUGUGGUUGUUCCCUGCGGCAGAUACUUACGUCUCUUAAAACUAUAUUUCGCCCUUUAAGUUUUUGUUUUUAUAGGAUUUUCUUCCUUAGGUAAUUUUUUAUCCUGUUGUUAGGAAUCUAUAUACUUGAUUUAAUUUAGGCAUAUCCUUACAACUUAAAUUCUGUACUUUUUUUGUUUUUUGCUCUCGUAGUCUAGCUUUAGUACAGUUGAGUAAUAAAUUUACCAUAUAGAAACUAAGUUCAUAAGAUUAUUAAACUUCUCCCAUGUUUAGUGCAUUAAGUAGGAUAAUUGGAAAUUUGAAGGAAAUGAGCUUUACUGUAGAGAUUUUUCUAAAAUUUCUUUACUAGUUUUCCCUGAAAGUCAUAGUUCACAUAUCAUGUAGCCAAACUAUGUUACUACUAAAAGUGACUGUUCUAAGGCUGUUUGUAUAAAGUAUUAAAUAUAUGUUCUUUUCCAAGGCUUUAAGUAGUAUCUUUGAUCUUUUUAUGCUUUUGUUUUUUGAUUAGUUGUAAAAAUUUUUUUCUAAAUAUUCAGACAAGUAUCUGUACUGACCAGAAGAGGAAUUUCAUCCUUUGCUUUCUAUUUAUUACUGUGAACAUUACACUUUAAAAGUGGCUUAUAAUUGGAGACUGACGAAUUUGUGUUUUCUUCAAACAGAUGAAAACUUUAUUCUCAAACAUGACAGAGCGUUCCUUUUGUCAAUGGCAAAUCGAGGGAAACAUACCAAUGGUUCCCAGUUUUUCAUUACUACCAAACCUGCUCCACACUUGGAUGGGGUGCAUGUCGUCUUUGGAUUGGUUAUUUCUGGUUUUGAAGUAAUUGAACAGAUUGAAAAUCUGAAAACCGAUGCUGCAAGCAGACCUUAUGCAGAUGUGCGAGUAAUUGACUGUGGGGUGCUUGCCACAAAAUCAUCAAAAGAUGUUUUUGAGAAAAAAAGGAAGAAACCAACUCAUUCAGAAGACUCGGAUUCUUCUUCCAAUUCCUCUUCCUCUUCAGAAUCUUCUUCAGAAAGUGAAAUUGAACAUGAGAGAAGCAGAAGGAGGAAACAUAAGAGGAGGCCAAAAGUUAAGCAUUCUAAAAAGAGACGAAAGGAAGCAAGCAGUUCUGAAGAGCCAAGGAAUAAACAUAUAAUGAGCCCAAAAGGUUACUCUGAGAGGAGUGAUACCAAUGAAAAAAGGUCAAUUGAUUCAAAUGCUAAAAGGGAAAAGCCUGUGGUCCGACCAGAAGAGAUUCCCCCAGUUCCAGAGAACCGAUUUUUACUGAGAAGAGAUAUGCCUCUUGUCACAGUGGAACCUGAACCGAAGAUUCCUGAUGUUCCACCCAUUGUAAGUGAUCAGAAACCAUCUGUAUCAAAAUCUGGACGGAAGAUUAAAGGAAGGGGUACAAUUCGCUAUCACACACCUCCAAGAUCAAGAUCAUGUUCUGAAUCAGAUGAUGAUGAUAGCAGUGAAACUCCUCCUCACUGGAAAGAGGAAAUGCAGAGAUUAAGAGCAUACAGACCACCUAGUGGAGAAAAAUGGAGUAAAGGAGACAAAUUAAGUGACCCCUGUUCAAGCCGAUGGGAUGAGAGAAGCUUGUCCCAGAGAUCCAGAUCAUGGUCCUAUAAUGGAUAUUAUUCAGACCUUAGUACGGCAAGACACUCUGAUGGUCACCAUAAAAAACGCAGAAAAGAGAAAAAAGUGAAGCAUAAAAAGAAAGCGAAAAAGCAGAAACACUGCAGAAGACACAAGCAGACUAAGAAGAGAAGGAUUAUUGUACCAUCUGACAUAGAAUCCUCAAAAUCUUCCACCCGACGAAUGAAAUCCUCUUGUGAUAGAGAAAGGAGAUCUCGUUCUUCCUCAUUAUCGUCUCAUCACUCAUCAAAGAGGGACUGGUCUAAAUCUGAUAAGGAUGACCAGAGCUCUUCAACCCAUUCCAGCAGGGACUCCUACAGAUCUAAAUCUCACUCACAGUCUUACUCUAGAGGAAGCUCAAGAUCAAGGACUCCAUCAAAAUCCUCAUCACAUUCUCGAAGUAGAUCAAAGUCCAGAUCUAGUUCCAAGUCAGGGCACCAAAGGACAGCAUCAAAAUCACCAAAAAGAACAGCCUCUCAGUUAAGUGAAAACAAACCGGUUAAAACAGAACCUUUAAGAACAACAGUGCCACAAAAUGAAAAUGUCAUAGUACAAGCGGUGGUGGCAGAAAAUAUUCCUGUAAUACCACUGAGUGACAGUCCCCCUCCUUCAAGGUGGAAGCCUGGACAGAAGCCCUGGAAGCCCUCUUAUGAACGAAUUCAGGAAAUGAAAGCUAAAACAACCCACUUGCUGCCCAUCCAAAGCACUUACAGUUUAGCAAAUAUUAAAGACACUGGAAGUUCAUCAUCCUACCACAAAAGAGAAAAAAAUUCAGAAAGUGAUCGGAGUGCUUAUUCAAAAUACAGUGACAGAAGUUCAGAAAGCUCACCAAGGUCAAGGAGCAGAUCUUCUAGGAGUAGAUCUUAUUCCAGAUCAUACACAAGGUCACGAAGUCUAGCUAGUUCACGUUCGAGGUCUAGGUCUCCCUCAUCUAGAUCUCAUUCACGAAAUAAAUACAGUGAUCAUUCACGGUGUAGUAGAUCAUCGUCGUACUCUUCUGUUAGCAGUGAUGAUAGAAGACGAGCCAAGAGAAAAUACAGAUCCAGCGGGAAGAAAAAUAACACUUCUAGUAAAAGGCACAGCAGCAGUUCCGAAAAGACACUUCGCCAUAAAUAUAUGAAAAGCAGGGACAAGUCUUGUCAGAGAAAGUAUAGCGAAAGCAGGUCAUCUUUAGAUUAUUCUUCAGACAGUGAACAGUCAAGUGUUCAGGUUACACAGUCAGCCCAGGAGAAAGAGAAGCAAGUCCAAAAGGAAAUGAAUAAUAAGCAAGAGAGAAACAGAGAUGAAGAGAAAUCCAAGCCCGAACAAGAAUGCCCUCGUUCAAAAAAAAGAGCCUUGAAAGAGAAUCUUUCUGAUCACCUUAGAAAUGGCAGUAAGCACAAAAGAAAGAAUUAUGCGGGAAGUAAAUGGGACUCCGAAUCAAACUCCGAACGAGAUGGAACUAAAAACAGUAAAAAUGUUUCCCGGCCAUCUUCUGAUAAGGAGGAAGGUGAAGCUACAUCAGAUUCUGAGUCAGAGUUUGGUGAAAUUCACAUCAAAGCCAAAUCCACAACAAAGUCUUCAGCAAGUACUUCACUGCCUGAUGGUAAUGGUGCUUGGAAGUCAAAUAAACAGCGGUCUUCAACCUCUGAUUCUGAGGGGUCCUAUUCCAAUUCAGAAAACGCUAGAAGAAGGGCACGGAAGCACAAACACGGGUCAAAGGAAAAUCUUAAAAGGGAACAGACCAAAAAAGCGAAAGAGAAAUUGAAAGGGAAAAAAGACAAAAAGCACAAGGCUCCAAAACGAAAACAAGCAUUUCAUUGGCAGCCUCCACUAGAAUUUGGUGAGGAAGAGGAAGAGGAGAUUAGUGAAAAGCAAGUUAUUCAGGAGGCAAAAGAGAAAAAACAAGUUUCUGAAAACAGUGAAACCUUGAAAGAAAGUAUUGUGCAAACUGAGAAGUCCUGUGAAGAGGGCAACCUUUCAGGUAAAUGUAAUACAGUAAUGAUUCCAUCAGAUAUUGAUCAGCCUACUAAAGAUGAUAGUAAACUCAGCAUUUCUCCUAGAGCUUUAAAUACUGAUGAAAAUGUAGCUGCUUCUCCCUCAAACGUUCAGCAUAUUGCAGAAAUUGUCUCAAGUGGAGUGGAAGAUGUGCUUCAGACAGAUGACAACAUGGAGAUUUGCACUCCUGAUAGGAGUUCCCCAGCAAAGGAGGCAUCCCCUCUAGGAAACUCAAGGCUCGACACCCCAGAUAUAAACAUUGUUUUAAAGCAGGAUGUGCACACGGAGCGUCCUGAGGGAGAGGAGCUAAAGCAGGAAAGCAGCAUGUCUGAAAGCAAAACAAUGGGGGACGUGGGCAAACAGGACGGCGGCCCCACUGGCAUUGCCAGUGCUGCAGAAAGCACUGUGAAGAGAGAGGUGGCUGAGAAGAGCCAGAUCGGUCUCUUAGAUAAUAAAUGGAAGCCCCUGCAAGGUGUGGGGAACGUGGCCGCCCCGGCUGCUACUACAUCCAGCACUGUGGAAGUGAAGGCAUUGACUACUGCACCUGAGAUGAAGCCACAAGGCUUGAGGAUAGAAAUCAAAAGCAAAAAUAAAGUCCGGCCUGGGUCUCUCUUUGAUGAAGUAAGAAAGACAGCACGCUUAAACCGGAGGCCAAGAAAUCAGGAGAGUUCAAGUGAUGAGCAGACACCUAGUCGAGAUGGGGAUAGCCAGUCCAGGAGUCCAAGCAGAUCUCGAAGUAAAUCUGAAACCAAAUCAAGACACAGAACAAGGUCUCUCUCCUACAGUCACUCAAGAAGUCGAUCACGAAGUUCCACAUCGUCUUAUCGAUCAAGAAGCUACUCUAGAAGUCGGAGCAGAGGAUGGUACAGCAGAGGCCGCACAAGAAGCCGGAGCAGCUCCUACCGCAGUUACAAAAGUCACAGGACAUCCAGCAGGAGCAGAUCCAGGAGCAGCUCGUACGACCCCCACAGUCGGUCCAGCAGGUCCUACACUUACGAUAGCUACUAUAGCAGGAGUCGGAGUCGAAGUAGGAGCCAAAGGAGUGACAGUUACCACCGAGGCAGAAGUUACAGCAGGCGGUCCAGGAGUUGUAGAUCUUAUGGCUCUGACAGUGAAAGUGACCGAAGUUACUCUCAUCACCGGAGCCCCAGUGAAAGCAGCACAUAUAGUUGAAAAUGUCCCCCCCCCCUUUUUUUUAUACAAAUUAUAUCUUAUUUGUAAAUAUCUGGUAACUUAAAAGUUGGAGAAACUUAAUGGCAGUCUGUUGUUCUAUUUCAAUAUUAGAGAUAAGUUUCAAAAAUAGGCACUUAAUUGUUAUCGUUCAUUUACAUGUACACAGAAUUUAAAAUACAGAUAUGUCUCCUAAAAAUAUUUUUAUGCCACAUUUUACAGUAGCCAACUAUGGAAAUGAAUUUCAUUUUCUUGAAUCAAGAAAUCAUGAAAUUUAAGUAUCAUUUGCAAUAUUAUUUUAGACAGAUGAUUUCUUUCCAUCUCAUGUAUUCCUUAGAAUACAGAUUCUUUUUGCCCAUUUUUCAGGUUUUAGCAUAUAUGCUGCCAAGCAUAGAACUGUGAAGAACUGUUAAAGGUGGCCAAAUAUUUAUGUACCAAUCACACAGUCUCAUACAUACGUGCUCUUAAGAACAAACCACCCAGAAUUGAUACUUGAUGGUAGCCAGGAACAUAAGGCAGUGGCUCUGGAGUUCUUCAUUCUUUCCUUACUUCUUGGUUGUCUCAGAGGAUCGGGAAAAGUGGUCAUCAUACAGCCCACUCUGGCUGGCAGGUGAGGUUCAGAAGAAUAAAUCGGCCUUAACUGUGUACCUGCACUGUCCCUAAGGACCUAAUGUUUUAUGUGCUUUUUAAUGAGUACUAUCACAAGUUUAGAUUGUAGAAACAAUUCUAUUCCAGUUCAUGUUUUGGUGCUCGGUACCUUUUGGUGCCUCUUUACGUAUACUUUACGUUAGAAUCUCCUAGAAGAGAGAUUAUUAUUAUUAUUAUUAUUAUUAUUUUAAUUCACUGGCGCCAAACGUUCCUUCUGAGCUGUAUUCACUUUAAAUAUUUGGAGGGCUUCUCUCCAGCUCAGGUGUGGCCUGGGGUCCUCCGGAGCAGGCAGGACUGACCCAGAAGGUUGUGUGGCCGCUCAGGGCUGCUGCACGUAACUGACAUGUGUGCCUCGGGAAGAGUCAAUUGAAGAGUGGACUUCAAAGUACCACCAAAACCUCACUGCCACCAUCCUGGAGACACUUGGCAGAGCUUUUAAGUCUUUCAAGUAAGAGAGAGAGAUACCACAACAGCAGCUGAACUGUUCUAAGCACCAGCAUGUUUUUCCUCUUUCUGCCGUGACCCGCUCUGACUCGGUGAAGCCUCACACGACACGAGGAAGUCCGGGACAUCACACAGGGGAAGAGGGUGUGCACGACUGCCACAGAUGACACAUUUUCGGUUUGGGGUGGUUCCUCCAAAAAGGAUUUGACCUGUAAAAACUGGUGUGAUUUUUUUUUUUUUUUUUUUUUUUUUUUAAAUCUUUGAGUUUUUCCCCCAAGUGUACUUAAUCACCUUAGUGCCAGUUUAAUCAGUUACGCAGAAGAAAAUCCUACUGGAUGUUGGGUGUGGAACUCUGCACCAACCCAACCCAGGCCUUGGCUUGGGGUACCUGGGAAGUGGGAAAGAGCCCUCAGUUGGAGGGAUUUGACAGCCUCGGAUAGGUGGAGGGGAGACCUUGGAUAUAUUAAAACGGUCAUCCGUAAAAGGUUCAUAAACAGGGUUAAGUGGUCAGCUGUUUGCCAGGUUGAUAGAGUACGUCAGAAAACAGGACCCAAGUCAAAUAAACGGACUUCUUAGUGAACACAAAACAAUGUGUGAUUCAUGUGAAGGGUUUUCAAAAGUUGCCUGUAAUAUUCAGUGGGGGAAAAAAAACACAUUCAGAAGCCCAACAAACUGCCAAAUCUAAUUAGGUUAAGAAAAGUUACCCUUGGACGAUGUAUUUGUUUUCUGCUGCUGUGUAACAAAGUACCCCAAACUUAGCAGCAUAAGACAACGCCUAUUUCUUAGCUCACCAGUUCUGUAGCUUGUGAGUCUGGCACAGUGUGGCUAGAUUCUCUGCUCAGGGUCUCACAAGGCUGAAAUCAAGGGUCAGCAGGGCAGCAUUCCUUUAUGGAGGCUGUGGGGAAGAAUCUGCUUCCAAGUUCAUUCAGUUCCUUGCUGGCUGUCAUCUGGAGGCUUCUGCCUCAGCUCCUGAAGGCUGCUCUCAUUCCUUCUCGCGUGCUCCCGUCCAUCUUCAAAUUCUCAAUGGCCCAUCUUCUCACACCUCCCAUCCCUCUGCCUUCUUCCUCUGUUUUAAGGUUCAUGUGAUUAGAUCAAGCCCACUGAUCAAGUCUCCCUGUUUUAAGGUCAGUUCUGCCAUAGAACAUAACAUAAUCACAGGAGUGACUGCACAGGCGUGGGUUCCUGGGAUUUGGGCAUGGAGGGGGGGGGGGGCGCGCAUGCCAUUCAGAACCCCACCUACCACAGACCAUCACUGCCCAUUGCGCUGGAGUUUCAUCCCAACAAGGUGGGCCCUGGAAGCCUCAUUUGUUUCUUCCAUGGACAAGAACAGCCCUCAGCCGUAGCAUUCAACUGUGUGUUUACUGAAUGAACUACAGAAACAGCUUUUCUGCCUAGAGGGGAUUGUUCUGUAUUUUAAGUUAUUUUUUAAUAAAAUUUAAUUAUGUUGUGUAUUGUGCUUCUUAAUAGAAAAUGUAUUAUUGGACUGUUUUUGUAAUGUCGUUUACUGCAAAUGAAACAUGAUAUAGCUGGUAUUGUUCAAAAACUGUAGAGAAUACUUUUGUACAUAUUGGCAAUGUCUAAUUUGUAUACACUUCAUCUAAAUGUUCCUAAAACUUGAAAAGGGGGACCUUGUAGAAAUUAAAAUAUAUACUUAGUCUAAAUCUG